AUGGAACGUUGGAAAAAUUGCCAAAUCAGUCAGACACAUUUAUCUAAACAGUUUUCUGUCGUUCUGUAUAAUGUUCGAGGUUUGUUGUCACGUCUUCCUGAAGUUCAAGAUCUAGUCGAUACAAAUUGUCCGUCAGUAUGUGCCUUAGUUGAAACAGGUGAUAUUUCUUCAAGUUUGUCGGGGCAAUGGUUUCCUGGUUAUCAUCGAUUUUUCACACCUGGCUCGAACUCGCAUGGUGGAGUCCUGGUAUUAGUACAUAAUUCGAUUACUUAUGCAGUUAAAUAUUCCGAAGUGAAUUUAAUAGCUCUCACUAUUCCGUUAGGACUAUGCACAUUAUCGGUAAUAGCCUGUUAUUCACCGCCUGAUUCUACAUUGCCGACUGAUACUUUAAAAUUUCUAUUAGAUGGAAGUCCAACUCUGCUGUUAGGUGAUUUCAAUGCUAAAUCAAUCGAUUGGAAUUGUACGCACAACAAUGCCCGUGGCCGCGUUUUGCAGAAUAUAAUCGAAGAAUGCGAAUUACAUGUAGGUUUUGUAGAUCGACCAACAUCGAAACGUUCAAAAAACGUCAUAGAUUUAAUUAUUACUUCUUUUCCCUCACCCGAAGUAUCGGUUUUAUCGUAUGGUACUAGUGACCACUGGCCCGUAUUAUUUACUAGUCCAUGGUUCACGUCAUCUUCUUUCUCCUUUAAAGAAGUACGCUGA